AUUAAGAUGAUUUUUUUAAAUCUUUAUUUUCAUUAAUAGAAUAUUCAAAUCUACAGGAUCAGAGGAAUAUUUAUAUGGGAGGACCCUACGCCUUCUAUGCACAAGGACAGAUCGCCCGAGGCAAGAUCGGCGACGGGUCAGUCAACACCUUCAACAAGGACGUGUACGGCCCCUCGUCGCUGGACUACACCCUGGAGGGCUGGGCGACGGCGGUGGGCCAGUUCGACGGCGACCAGUACUCCGUCGCCGCCUCCACCCCGGCCUGGAGUAACGCCAAGGGGAUGGUCUGGUUCUACAACAACCGCCUCGCCUCGCGCUACCACGUCCGGAUGUUCGGCGAGGCCAAUGGCGACAGCUUCGGCUACAGUUUAGCUACGGCCGACGUGGACGGCGACGGCGCAACGGAUCUUAUAGUCGGGGCGCCGCUCGCUCAGGCCCCCAACCAGAUGCUGGACCACGGGAGGGCGUACGUGCACUAUGCCCCGACGAAGAAGGUGUCCACGAGGCCUAGGUCGGUUAUCAUAGGAAAAGAACCCUGGGGCCGCUUCGGACAUGCGGUCAGCGGCCUCGGCGACCUCAACCAGGACGGCUAUGAUGACGUGGCCAUCGGAGCCCCCUUCGGCACCGAGGGCGGGGUCGUCUUCAUCUUCAACGGCGGAGCGAACGGCCUCAGGACUGAGCACACGCAGAAAAUCACCGCGUCCCAAUUCUCGACCGGACUUCGCAGCUUCGGCUUCAGCAUCGACGGCGGCAUUGACGUCGAUCACAACAGCCAUCCUGACUUGAUCAUCGGCGCACCGGAAUCGGACACAGCCGUCCUUAUCCGAACUGCGCCCGUGGUGAACCUGGUGGGCUCCAUCGAGAUCGACCCGCGAGUCAUAUCAAUGGGGAACAAGCCAUGCAACAUCAGAGGUCAAGAUGUUGCAUGCUUCAACAUUUCCGUCAGCGUGCAGCACCGGACCAAAAACGUGUCGCACAAUUUACCAAUGGUGUUCUCGUUCGACCUGGAUGCCAAGUACAGGAGAUUCGCCUUUUUGGAGAGUGACGACUAUCGGCUGACCGUGACCCGUGAUGUAAGCCCCGUCGCUGACCACGUGCUUCCGUUCUCCAAAGUCGCCUAUGUGAAGGAAGACCGCCCUCGCCUGGACGUCCCCCUCCUGCUCAGCACCAACGUCAGCCUCGCCCCCGUCAGCGAGCCCCAGCAGCCCCCGCCGGAGCGCAGAGCCAUCCCCAUCGUCCUCGACCUCCAGCCCCCGGUGUUCGAGGCCCCGAGGCUGGAGUGCGAGGACAUCACCACCUGUUACUCGAAGCCCGACCUCGUCCUCGAGCCUAGGUACAACGAACUGACGGUACAAGCCGGCAACAUGGAGAUCGAGGUGGUACUCCAGGUUCUCCAAGCGACAGCCUACUCGGUCACCCUCGAAGCCACGUAUCCCUCGGUCCUCACUUUCUCCCACGUAUCCGGCACCCGGUUUCUCCCCAAGUGCCGGGAAUCUCUCUACAUUUCGGAUAACGGGCGAACCAAGCAGAUCUGCACAUACAACGCUGGAAAGAAUCUGAGGUAGGUCAACAUGAUCUUCCACUUCGAGUACAAUCCGCUGACCUUGCUGACCUAUGAAGAACGUCACCUCAACGUGAGUUUUGUGGCCGCCAGCGAAAUACCCGACAGAAAGGAAGACGACAAUGCUUUCAAUAUUUCCGUGCCUGUUGUGUCUCGUGUCGACCUGUACACAGAGGGCGUCUCAGCCCCGGACAACGUGGAAGCCCGGAUCAACGAGACCCUCAGCCUGCAACAGGUAGUUAACGUGUCCCAAUUGGCCAUUAACCGCACUCAAAUAGGUCCUCAGACGACGCACCUCUUCACCGUCACGAAUCGGGGUCCGUCGCCUCUUCUCGCUGCGAAGAUGGAGAUCCGCGUGCCCUUGGAAGCGCCCAACGGCCUGCCCCUCCUGUACCUGGUGGACAAUCCUAUCAUGUCACCUUCUCUCACCUGUUCGCCCGUUCCCCUGAAUCCUAGGAAGUUCAAUCUUACCUCCGACCGCGGCAGAACCAGCGACGCCACUUCGGAACAGCAACAAGACACGCCCACGCCCACGCCCACGCGCAGUCCCGCCACGCCCGCCCCUACCGAGACCCCGCCCACGACUACCGAGACCCCGCCCCCACCCACGACGCAAGGGAGGUCGAAACGCGAGGUGGAGAAGCAGGUGGACGACGGCGAAGGCGGUGACGGCGACCUGGACGAAGGGACGACAACUCCCUCUCCGCCGACGUCGCUGCCAGACGGAGGAAACGGCCAGACGACCUCGGCCUCGGGAGACACGACGCGACAGACAGAGGCUGACAAGAAGAAAAUGGUACUGGACUGCAAUAAGAUAAAGUGUCAAGUUAUAAGAUGCAAUGUGACUUCUCUCUUCCCAGACGAGACAGUGUAUCUGCAGUUUACAACAUACAUCACGACAGCGACCAUCAAGUUUAUAGGCUAUACGUCGGUAGCCCUCGAGUCGUCACUCAUCAUUGAAACCAGUCAGGCGAACGUCACCGUUUCGCGCGGGAAUGGGCGGGACGACGCUUCCACGGCGAACACGCACGUCACACUCAUUGCGCAGAGGGAAGCACAAGCGAGCCUGAAGGACGUGUCUCUCUGGAAGAUCUUCGUGGCCGUCCUCGUGGCCCUCAUGCUGCUCAUCGUCCUUAUCGCCAUCCUGCAUAAGCUUGGGUUCUUCAAGCGCAAGAGGCUGAAUCAGGACCAAAGGGAGAUGAUGAAACAGAGUCAGAAACGCAGGACGCAGUACUCGGAGUAGGUCAGAGGUCGCAGAAACGCUUCGAGGUCAGCGUCGGUGAUGACUGACGUCUGUUU